AGAAAAACAGCAGAGGGUCGAGAUGCUUCCACUUUCCCUACUAACGACUGGGUUGAGAAACCAGAGAAAAGGAGAAGAAAAUAAUCAAAAUAUAGCCGAGAAAAUGGCCGGGAUUUCUAUUAUUUUCUUUAUACUUUCCAUCUUGUUAUCUGCUACUGCUGAAGCUUCUCAAUGCCCAGCCAUUGGACUCCCUCUGGUAAGGAAGAUUAAUGAGCUUCCACAGGAUAAUUAUGGACGGGAAGGUUUGUCCCACAUCACUGUUGCAGGUUCACUUAUGCAUGGGAUGAAAGAGGUUGAGGUGUGGCUUCAAACAUUUUCCCCAGGAUCACACACGCCAAUCCAUAGGCAUUCAUGUGAAGAAGUUUUUGUUGUCCUAAAGGGGAGCGGCACACUCUAUCUUGCCUCAAGUUCACAUGAGAAGCAUCCAGGAAAACCCCAAGAGUAUCCCAUCGUUUCAAAUAGCACAUUUCAGAUCCCUGUUAAUGAUGUUCACCAGGUCUGGAAUACAAAUGAAAAUGAAGAUUUGCAGAUGCUAGUCAUAAUAUCUCACCCGCCAGUGAAAGUAUUCAUAUACGAGGAUUGGCACAUGCCUCACACUGCAGCAAAAUUGAAGUUUCCAUAUUAUUGGGAUGAGCAAUGCCUUCAAACACCCCCAAAAGAUGAGCUUUAGUUUUCAAUCCACAGCCUUUGCAUUUUGCUGUUAUUGGGAUGAGUAAUGCCUUCAACACCCCCAAAAGAUGAGCUUUAGUUUUCAAUCCACAGCAUUAUCAUUUUGCUGUUAUUGGGAUGAGCAAUGCCUUCAAACACCCCCAAAAGAUGAGCUUUAGUUUUCAAUCCACAGCCUUUGCAUUUUGCUGUUAUCCAUCUGAGCCUUUCAUUCAUUGACUGAAAAAUCCAAUGGUACCAUUUUCUAUGAAAAGACAAAGGAGAAAGAAGAGUUUUACUUGGAUUUUGAGAAUAGGUUUAGAGAUUAAAGUUCAAAGGAAGUUGUAGAUUCUUUAUGGCCGGCUGAUUUGGUAUAGGAUAACGAUAUAAAACUAAAAACUUGAUCAUCUCAUGUUUAUUGUUCAUACACAUGGUUUGUUUUAUCCAAUUAAGAUUUAGAAUAUGUUAUUUUGCAAAUACAUGUGGAAGUUGUGAAUGA